AAUGUGUGUUCAUUGCGCAUAUAGAAACGCGCUCCAUAUGGCCGUUCUUAGCUCCACCACAAGUGCGAGAAAUUGUAAACUUUAUAAUUCGCCCCCGCGUCUACCAGAUGACGCUCGUCGAGCUAAGUUUUCAGCAGUGAGCUCGCGUGUGGCGAACUGAUGAUAACAACAUGGGGGAUUGUCUGCCCUGAGUGAGCGAUCAGUUCGUCACCGGCUGGCUGCGCACGAGCAGUCGCGAUCGCGACGAGGCGAGAGGUGGGUUUUUCUCUUCUCCCUCUACUGCUGAUAAUGAACGGCGCGUGAUAAACCGUCAGUUCGUGGCUAUACGUGUGGGUGCAUCUUCGUGUCGAGCGUCGCGCCGCGAUGCGCCGUGCAGUCGGCGCCGGUUUUGUGAUUACGGGACAGAUGUGGUUGCGCCCGGCGGCGAGCAAUUGCUAAAAGUCCGCGUCGCGUCUCCCGAAGACUCCGUCUGAACGUUUGCCCGUGUGUGGGAUUACUGGAAGAGAGAACGGACACGCGUCGAGCGACGAGCAGAACACCGUCGGUGGACAAGGCGCGGAGAAGCGAGAGCACGGGAAAUACCGUGAGAAGGGAACGACGCAGGUACACGCUGAUAAAUCUGGCGAUGGAUAAACGAGCAGCGGGUGUACUUUGAAACUUGCUUUGUGGCCGAUAAAACUUCGUCGCGCUGGCAUACAAUCGCGCCGGCAAUCCGGACCGAGUUUUCACGAGACGAUGAUGGAGACUCGCUCGCGUGAAUCCAGGGUAGAGGGUGCGUAGAGACUCGCGCGCAGAGACAGAGAGAUCAGGGAACGAGAUUCCAGGAUGGGGAAGUGUUGCAGCAAACGGCAAGAGCCCCAACCGAUUGGCUAUAAGAAAGCAGAUACGGGACUCAGCUCAAAGCACAGCAAUGGAGGUUCCCUGGACCGAUAUACCGCCGACCCGAAUCAGAGAGGCGUGCAAGCUCGGGCGGAUAUUAUCCGACCGAGGCCGACACCUUGUAAGCUACAGAUACCGCAUCAGCAACCCCGUAAACCGAAUCCGCCUGUUAAGCCUGCAUCGCACUCACAAAGGCUCAACAAGAUCGUGGUGGCUAUGUACAAUUACACGGCACGAGAGAGCACCGAUGUCAGUUUCAUGAAAGGGGAUAAAAUGGAGGUUCUGGACGAUUCCGAGCCGGACUGGUGGAGAGUACUGCACUUAACGACUCUGCAAGAAGGUCUGAUUCCUUGGAACUUCGUGGCUGUCGAGCGAUCGGUCGAAAGCGAAGAUUGGUUCUUCGAGAAUGUAUCACGCAAGGAGGCGGGCAAACUGCUGUUGGUCGAUGAGAAUCCUCGCGGUACGUUCUUGGUGAGGCCGAGCGAGCACAAUCCACGAGGUUACAGCUUGUCGGUGAAGGACUGGGAGGAAGGGAGGGGUCAUCAUGUGAAACAUUACAAGAUUAAGCCGCUCGACAAUGGCGGCUUCUUCAUCGCCACUAAUCAAACGUUCUCCAGCUUACCGGCUCUCGUUAUGGCUUACAGCAAAAACGCGUUGGGUCUCUGUCAUGUGCUAUCGAAACCUUGUCCGAAACCGCAGCCGGACAUGUGGGAUCUCGGGCCCGAGUUGCGCGAUAAAUGGGAGAUCAACAGAAACGAGAUACAGCUGAUCUCGGAGCUUGGUAACGGCAAUUUCGGCAAGGUUUACUACGGUAAGUGGCGAAACAAGAUCGAAGUAGCGGUGAAAACGCUACGCCCGGGGACCAUGUCGACGGAGGCGUUUCUACAAGAAGCCGCCAUAAUGAAACAGUUCCGGCACAGGCAUCUGGUCGCGUUGUAUGCAGUUUGCUCGAAGGAGGAGCCCAUUUACAUUGUACAGGAGUACAUGUGCAACGGAAGCCUGUUGGAUUUCCUCCGGAAGGGAGACGGCAAGUACAUGCAGUUCGAGGAUCUGAUAUACAUCGCGGCUCAGGUAGCCUCCGGUAUGGAAUAUCUCGAGAGCAAGCAGCUCAUACACAGAGAUCUCGCGGCGAGAAAUGUACUGAUCGGCGAGAAGAACAAAGCGAAGAUAUGCGAUUUCGGUCUCGCUAGAGUAAUCGAGGACGACGAGUACUGUCCGAAACAGGGUAGCAGAUUCCCCGUCAAGUGGACCGCACCUGAAGCCAUCGUUUACGGCAGGUUCAGCAUCAAGAGCGACGUCUGGUCGUACGGAAUUCUGCUGAUGGAGCUCUUCACUUACGGACAAGUUCCUUACCCUGGUAUGCACGGUCGCGAAGUGAUCGAGCAAGUGGAUAAGGGCUAUCGCAUGCCGAAGCCGGUUAAUCAUCCGUUGCCAGACAGCAUCUACCGGUUGAUGCUGCAGUGCUGGGACGCAAGUCCCGAGAAAAGACCCACGUUCGAGUUCCUGAAUCAUUACUUCGAGUCGUUCAAUGUCACUAGCGAAAUACCGUAUCUCGAACCGCCGACGGACUGAUAUACAGCCUAUCAGUAUACGCCAAACCAUCACCUGCAACCACACGGUCAUUUUCACCCAGCCCACAUCAAUUGUGCCAUGGAAUUUUAUGGUAUUUACUGCUAAGUAAAAAAAUUAUUCGGCGUGCUGUAUAUCUCUCGCCCUCCCUUAGCCGGAAACUCGACGGACUGGGUGCGAACUUUCUCACGGAGAGAAGAAACGUUUAGUUUUGGAGUAAACGCACACGUUCUCGCGAUACACUUUGCUUUGGUGUCGCGAGUGACGACAAAUUUUUUCGACUGCGAAAUUUUUCUACAGAUUUUGGCGACAAAUCUCUUCAGGAAGAAAUAGUGCUGCGAAACUUGCAGAACCAUCACUGUCAGAUGCUGCCGAAAAUUUUACCGUAAUCCCCCGUCUCUUUCAUCUUUUUUCUCUUAGAUGUCCUUAGUCGUAACGUAGCACCGGAAACGUCAAAUGGAUUGCGAAAGUUGAGCGUGUGCGUACGUGUGUGUGUGUAUGUGUGUGUGUAUAUGCCAUGUGUUUUUAUAAAAAAAACAUGUGUACCGUUCUCUCUCGCAGGAACGAAUUAACAAGAUUCUAAUCUUUAUGACCAAUCACGCGUAAUAACGUAAAAAUCUCGAAGAAAUGAGAACCGAUUGAUAAUCGCACCGGGCGGCAAGUCGUGUUUUAUCUACCACCUGGAAGUCCGCGAUCACUUAUUUAAGCAUGUUUUUCGUACUUUUGAAGAUGAACAACCACAAUAAAGACACUAGCGAGUCGGUAAAUUUAGACGCGUCACGGUAUUAGGAAAUAACGUGAUAUAUAUAUAAUAAGUUCGAAGAUGAAGAAAUUCGAAGUUAUUAGAUUAUAUGAAACAUAAUCGUAUAUUAGUAUGUUAGAUUACGAGAUAUAUAUAGAUAUAUAUAUAUAUAUAUAUUAUAAAAUGAGAGAGUGAAAGUGAAAAAAA